CAACAACGCCCUCUUUGUGCAGCCUGUGUCUCUUCCAACGAUCCAUGUCUUGAUGUGCACAACGACGCAAGACAUACGCCCACCUAACGGGUGUUUCUAAACGGCAAGAAUCUCAUACUCUAACUCGAUCAAGAUGGAUUCCUCUGUUUUCGACAUUGACGGUGGGAGCUCAGAUUUUGAGCCAGCGCCUAAGGUGAAAGCCAAGCCUGCGAAAAAGGCAACGGCGCCUAAAGCACUAAAGACAACUGCACCCAAAGCGAAAACGGGCCCCAAACCUAAGGCUACUGUUCCAAAGAAGCGCUCUAAAAAGGAUGCCGAAAACGACGAUGAAGAUGAUGGGGCAGGCGAUCUUUUCGACGAUGAGUCGCUGCUGGCAAACACUCCCCCCAAGACGAAGAAAGUGAAGGCCAAUCCCAACCCAGUCAAGGGCAGUCAUAAGAAGCCUUUGGGUGACUUGGUCAAUGAGGCCAUUGGUGCAGAUGGCGCAAAUGACUCCCCGCAGCCUCAAAAGAAGAAACGUGUCUCAGAACAAUAUCAGAAAUUGACACAGCUGGAGCAUAUCAUCAAACGUCCCGAUACAUACAUCGGAUCAGUAGAGCGCACGGAGAAACAGAUGUGGGUCUACAACAGCGAACAAGACAGCAUGGAGUUCCGAGAGGUAUCUUAUGUCCCCGGUAUCUUCAAGAUUUUCGACGAAAUAUUGGUGAACGCUGCAGACAACAAGCAAAAUGACAAAAACAUGAACGAACUCAGAGUCACAAUCGAUCGGGAGAACGGCGAGAUUAGUGUUUACAACAACGGCCGUGGUAUUCCCAUCGAAAUCCACUCCAAAGAGAAGAUUUAUAUCCCGGAGAUGAUCUUUGGUCAUCUUCUCACAGGGUCGAACUACGAUGAUAACGAACAAAAGGUCACUGGUGGUAGAAAUGGUUAUGGUGCGAAACUUUGCAACAUAUUUAGUACAGAGUUCACCAUCGAAACUGCCGAUGCACGCCAGAAGAAGAAGUACAAGCAGACUUGGACCCAUAACAUGUCUCAGAUGGGCAAGGCAAAGAUCACAGAUUGCAAAGGCGAGGACUACACCAAAGUCACCUUCAAGCCUGACUUCGCCAAAUUCGGCAUGGAAGGUAUGGAUGACGACCUCGAGGCCCUUUUCAAGCGGAGAGUCUACGACAUGGCAGGCACUUGUAGGAGUGUCAAUGUCAAGCUGAACGGCACACGCCUGCCAGUCCGGAACUUCAAGAAAUACAUCGAGAUGUACACGAAGGCAAUCAAAAAGGAACGAGGUGAAGAGGCUGCGAAUGAUAACAAUGAAAUCAUCACCGAAUCUACUGAUCCUCGUUGGGAGAUUGGUUUUACAGUAUCAGAUGGCUCUUUCCAACAAGUUUCAUUCGUCAAUUCUGUUGCCACCACGUCUGGCGGUACUCACGUCAAUUAUGUUGCUGAUCAGAUCGUCAACAAGUUGAUGGAUGUUGUCAAAAAGAAGAACAAGGGUGGUGCGACGUUGAAGCCAAAUCAGAUCCGCAACCACAUUUUUAUCUUCGUCAAUGCUCUGAUUGUCAAUCCAGCUUUCACCUCGCAAACGAAGGAACAGCUUACCACCAAGUCCAGUCAGUUUGGCAGCAAGUGCCAAGUCUCCGAUGACUUCAUGAAGAAGGUCAUAAAAACCGAAGUCAUCACCAACAUUCUCCAUUUUGCUCAGCAGAAGGCCGAUCAGAUCCUCAAAAAGUCCGAUGGCAGUAAACGAAGCCGCAUGAACAAUCCCAAAUUGACUGAUGCCAACAAGGCUGGUACCAAAGAGGGCUACAAGUGCACUUUGAUCUUGACAGAAGGUGAUUCAGCCAAGGGUCUUGCGAUGGCAGGCCGAUCAGUCGUGGGCCCUGACCUAUGGGGUGUAUUCCCUCUCCGUGGAAAGCUCCUCAACGUCCGAGAUGCUUCGAUCGACCAGAUUUCGAAGAACGCAGAGAUUCAAAAUAUCAAAAACUUCCUUGGACUUCAGCAUAAGAAGGUCUAUACUGACAGACAAGGCUUGCGGUAUGGUCGGUUAAUGAUCAUGACUGACCAGGAUCAUGAUGGUAGCCACAUUAAGGGCUUGUUGAUCAACUUUCUACAAGUACAAUUCCCUAGUCUUCUGAAAAUGCCAGACUUCCUUGUCGAAUUCAUCACUCCCAUCAUCAAGGUCUGGAAGGGCGACCCACAGAAUCCCUCUCAAUCUCGAGCGUUCUAUUCGAUUCCCGAAUAUCAAGCAUGGAAGGAAGCGCACAGACAUGACCGUGGCUGGGAAAGCAAAUACUACAAAGGAUUGGGUACAAGUACCACUGAAGAGGCUCAAGAGUACUUCAAUGACUUAGAUACCCACCACAAAGAAUUUGACACUAUGAAGGAUGACGAGCCCGCGUUGAUCGAGCUCGCAUUCUCAAAGAAGAAAGCAGACGAGCGAAAGGAGUGGUUGCGUCAAUACAAGCCAGGAACUUACCUUGAUCACCAACUCAAGAAGAUUACCUACUCUGAUUUUGUCAACAAAGAGCUGAUUCUCUUCAGUAUGGCUGACAAUAUACGAUCCAUCCCUUCUGUUGUCGAUGGUCUAAAGCCUGGUCAGCGAAAGGUCAUGUACGCAUGUUUUAAACGAAAUCUGAAAAAGGAUAUGAAGGUCGCCGAGCUUGCCUCUCUCGUCAGUGGUAUGACUGCUUACCACCACGGCGACACUUCCCUACAGCAAACCAUCGUCGGUCUGGCACAGAAUUUCGUGGGAUCCAACAACGUCAACCUACUGGUUCCUUCCGGCCAGUUCGGCACGCGAAACCAGGGCGGCAACGAUUGUGCCAGCGCUCGUUAUAUCUUCACCCGACUCUCUCCAUUCGCCAGGAAGCUGUUCCACCAGGCUGACGAGCCGCUUCUCACCUACAAUACAGAUGAUGAACGGAAAAUCGAGCCUGAAAUCUAUGCCCCCGUAAUUCCUAUGAUCCUCGUCAAUGGAGCUGAUGGUAUUGGUACGGGCUGGAGUUCAUCCAUUCCUAACUACAACCCAGAAGACAUUGUUGAAAAUCUCAAGCGGCGAAUGGCUGGCGAAGAAUGGAGACCAAUGCAACCCUGGUUCCGCGGCUUCAAGGGCGAAGUUAAAGAGACUGCCCCAGAUCGUUUUCAAUUCAGCGGUAUUAUUCACCAAAGCGGGUCCACCGAAGUUGAGAUCACUGAGUUGCCUAUCCGGACUUGGACACAGGACUUCAAAGAUAAAUUGGAAGAGAUCAUCAAGGCUGAGAAAGUUCCCUCCUUCAUCAAGGACUACAAGGACUACAACACUCAUGACCAGGUCCAUUUCAUUAUUCAGAUGGAUGAAAAGCACAUGGAUAAGGCUAUCGAAGAAGGCCUGGUUGAGAAAUUCAAACUCAACAAGUCUAUUGCCACAUCCAACCUUGUAGCCUUUGAUCCUGAAGGGCGCAUCACCAAAUACGCAAAUGUAGAGGCCAUCAUGAACGAAUUCUACAGCUACCGGCUUCAGCUGUAUGCAAAACGAAAAGAGCGGUUAUUGCAAGACAUGCAAAAAGAUUUGAGACGUUUGACAAAUCAAGCUCGGUUCAUUCAGAUGAUCAUUGACGGCAAGCUCAACAUCUCAAAGAAGAAAAAGGCUGUUCUCAUUGCAGAGCUGCAGAAAUUGAACUUCGAUCCUUUUCCAAAAUCAAAGGAGGCCACCAAAGAAGAAGAGAUUCUCCGCGCUGCUCAAGAGGAUGAAGAUGAAGAUGACAAUACCGACGCAAGUGCGUACGAUUAUCUGCUUGGUAUGGCUCUAUGGUCAUUAACCCAAGAACGGGUAGAGAGACUGCUCAGCAAGAUCGGCGAUAAAGAGACUGAGAUCGAUGCCUUGAUGCAGAGAUCCAAGGAGGAUCUGUGGAUGCAGGACCUGGAUGAUUUUAUCGCAGAAUGGCGAUUCCAAUUGGAAGACGAACACGAACGGAAGCGAAAAGUUCGGAAGGGACGACGUGUUUCCAAGAAAUUCGCAACGGCUGCCUCGAAACCAAAGGGCAAGAAGCGCAAGGGCAUGGCUGAUUCUUCGGACGACUCUGAUUUUGAGGCAUAUGCACCCAAAGCAAAGAAGCCCAUCCCUGCGCCCAAACCACUUCAAAAACCUCUGCCGAAGCAGCGGACUAUCGAAGCGUAUGCUGCCCCCAAAACCAAUGCUCUAGCGCAUGCGAUGGAGCAGCGAAAGCUGUAUACUGACGGCAAUAGCGAUCCUUUAGACCAGCCAGAAGAACUCACAGACGGCACCAAAGAUGGCAUCCCAGUCAAAGUCGAGUCUCAGAUCGAAGUGAUCUCCACCAAGCCCCCUAAUCGCCAAGCUCGAGCCGUCACGAAGAAAGCGACAAACUAUGCUUUAUUAAGUGAUUCCGAGAGCGAUAACGGAGAUGGCUUGCUUGCGGAUCUUGGUGAUAUGGUCAAAGGAUUGCCGAGCAAGACGACAAUUGACAGUGGCAACGAGUCUCGCACAUUGUUUUCUGCAUCUGCAUCAAGACCUACCAGCAGCCAUGGCUACAGACUUCCUACCAAACCCCCUCCUAGAGAGGAUUUCUCCGCCGAUGAGACAGACUAUAAGAGGUUAGCUCCGCAGUCUUCCCCGAGGCGAUCCAUCAUCGUCACGAGCAAAGAAGAUUCCAAUGAUGUUGAGGAGAGCGAUGAUGACAUUGUUCCGGCAAAAUCAUCCAAAAAGGCAGCGCCAAAGAAACAGCAAGAUGUCAUGGACCUGGACAGUGAUAGCGAUGCUAUAAUGCCUAAGAAGACUGUGCCUGUCAAAAAGGCGGCUAAGGACACCCAAACCAACGCUAAAAAGCCUACUGCGAAGAAGACUGCUCCUCCCUCGAAGAAAGUCGAGCAGUCACCAGUAGCCAAAGCGUAUGCCAAACGACUCGCAAAGAAGAAGGUGGUCGACUCUGAUGAUGAUAUGGAUCUACUUGCAGACGACAUCUUGAAGUCACCAUCUGCAUCAGAUUCUGAUGAGCCCGUGAUCCGCAAACCUGCUGCUCGACCAGCACGACGAGCUGUGGCUACGAAGAAGACGGCGACAUACACGUUUGAUGACGAAGACGAAGACGACGAAGACGAAGACGACGAAGACGGAGGAGUUCAGGAUGAUGCAUCAUCUGCGAUGUUUUCGGAGAGUGAAUGAAGACGUUUUUAAGGGACCCGAGCAUACUCGAGGAAGCGUGAACCAAAUGAGGUGGUUUUAGCACGAGGACGGGUACGCACUGGACCAUAGUGUGCCGGCUGUGUGAGUCAAUUUGCUGCUAUUGAAGCGAUGUGUUCAUUUUUUAGUACACAGCAUUAUCUUGGGCACCCUCAGUGCCUUACUGAUACUGAUGUAUUAAUGCCAAAUGUCAUUUACUACGAGGUCGAAGCGACCGUAACAGCAU